AUGGUGGUUCUAGUUGAUCUAGAGGACGACGCGCUCCCUGCGUAUCUUGCCCCACACACGUCAACACCCAGCAUCCCGGAUGUGAAGCCGUUGCUACAUGACUUGCUGGCCUCAACCGAGGAUGAACAUGCGAAAACAGCAGACGAGAGGCCGAAUCCGAAUAUCAACGGGUUCUCGGCAGCCCUCAGCUGUUAUCCUAUAGUCAGACAGCUUGCUGGCCAGCUCGAUCUGAACACACUGCAUGAUCUCUCGCGCACAUGUAGGCAGUUUCGCGCCAACCUACUCGAGUACCGCGACCAGCUCAUCAAGCACACGCUGCAUUGCUGCUACGAAGAUGACGACACCGACUCGCAGCUACAGGCGCGGUUCCGCGAGAGGCCUAGCGGUUUCCAGUCCUCGCGGCAUCUGACGAGCGGAAAGAUCGGUAACUGUGCGCGAGACAUGGUAGGCGAGUGUCAGCGAUGCGCAAAGGUCGUGUGCCGGAAUUGCACGAUGAAGCCACCGCCCAAACCUGCGCUGCGCGCUCGUCAUCGACGGAUAUGUCGAACAUGCGCCAAAGCACCUCUCCCGCUGCUCAUGGCCGUCACGAAGGGGCGCACGUCAUCGUCAGGCAGCUCGCCUUCGCCACCGCCCUCGCCGAACCCACGGCCCGUGUUCUGGGACAGUGAUGCGCCACGAGCGUUUACUGCGCCGGCUUUUGAAAGAACGCCAUGCAACUGUGACAACGUGGUGUGGCUUUGCGCACCAUGUGGGAAGGAUUUGAAGAACGCCGACACCAACUACGUCCGUGGUUGGAGCUGGCGCACACGAUAUAGUCAUUAUCUGGGCGGUGUAGGCACAGGAGCCGGUGAAGGCGAGCAAGGUGUUGAGUGUGGCCGAGGCGCCAGCUGCCUAGGUGCAAGGCUCGUUGAGCACGAGACCUGCGAGGCAGAGACGCUGGCCGCGCUGGCUGCGCAGGAGCGAAGUCAUGACACCCCAGAGUCCCCAGAGCGGUGGCGAGGGACGAGCUACCUGGCUCAAGAGGUUGAGGGCAUUGGUGGAGUGCUUAAGGUGAAGCACAAGAAGUACACCAGAGUUGGUGAGUGCGUGAAGAUGUAUGAAGAUGAGCGUGAGAAGUCGGUACAAUGGCUUCCAAGAGAGGAUGCAGGCAAGCUGAGAAGCUGGUGCUCGUGGUGCCAGCGAGUGGUGCCUGGUGAGAAGGACAAGGUGGAUCCCAAUGGGUUGCAGCGUGUAUGGAGCUCAACGAGCUCAGCGUCCUCGAAC